AAUGAAGCCCGCAAAGUACCCUCACACCCCUGGGAAUGGCCAACCACACCUUGGCAGAGAAUCCAUUUAGAUUUUGUUGGGCCGUUCCUAGGACGAAUGUUCCUUAUUAUUGUAGAUGCACAUUCGAAGUGGCCUGAAGUGGAAAUGAUGCCAUCCACCACAUCGACGCAGACCAUUGACCGACUCCAAACCAUUUUUGCCCGAUAUGGACUGCCAGCACAGGUGGUGACCGACAAUGGGCCACAAUUUACAUCCGCAGAGUUCCAACUAUUUUUGAAGACUAAUGGUAUCAAGCAUAUUACCACGGCCCCAUUCCACCCUGCGACCAACGGUCAAGCGGAGCGUUUUGUUCAGAGUUUCAAACAUGCUAUGAAAUGCGAGAAACAAAGUGCAUCCCAGCUGUGGCAGCUGAAAACCAAUAUGGCAAAGUUCCUUUUGGCUUACCGGCCAAUACCCCGCUACGGACUUCACCUCCAUUUGGUGAAACCUGAUUUACAAAGGAAAGUGAUGAACAGGCAAAUCGAUCAAGCAGGGAAGAAAGGACAGUCCCCCACACGUCAGUUAUCCAUUGAUCAGACUGUCAUGGCACGUAACUACAGUGGGAAAGACAAGUGGCUACUAGGCAUAGUUCGAGCUCAAACGAGACUCCUUUCAUACGAGAUAAAAUUUGGUCCAAAUCGAAUUUGGCGACGUCACAUCGACCAGCUUCGAGCCGCUAGUGUGGAAGUAAAUGACCAGAGUGAUGAUACGGCUGAACCUCAUCCAGAGCUCGGAGAGACUCGCCAGAAUAUUGCACCAGCAGAAGAAAUUGUCGCAGAGCCGGAUAUCGAACUAGCCACGAAUCCACUAGUCAGAAGUGCAACAACAAGAAGCCGGUAG